GCCCCCGUCCUCCGUCCACACGCCGACCGGGUGGCGUGCCCACCCGCCUGGCCACCGUCCCGCGGUGUUUCUUUCCUCUCCUCCAAGCCACCGCCCGCCACCGGCGCCGCCCGCCCUCCUCCAUUUAUACCUCUCCGGCGCGGCGACGCACGCAAACCUUCCCUCCCGUCCCGCACCAACCAAGGCUACGAUUUUCUCGGAAUCCCAAGAAGAGGCGGGAUCGAAAUCAAUCAGUGCCCUCCCCCAGAACCUGCUGCCACCAUGUCGACGACGGCGACGGACGAGGCGGCGUUGGAGGCGCGCCUCCAGGCGCUGCGGCAGAGGCUCGGGAAGAAGCAGCACUUCGAGGAGGCAGUCGCCAACCUCGCCGCCGUGGUCCGGGACCGCUACGCCGGCGCCUCCCCCGCCCUCCGCAAAUCGAUGUACUCCACUGUUUGCCGUGUUGCAACAGUGCUCCAGACUAGAUAUACAGCUCCUGGAUUUUGGCGUGCUGGUCUGAACCUCUUUGUCGGAGCAGAGAAGCUGGUAACUAAUCCUGCUGAAAAGGAGCAGUUGAAGAGCUGUAUUUCGAGGGCUCGGGAGCAUCUUGAUGAAAAAGAAAAUGAGGAUUCUAUGCCAAGCAACAGGGAAGCAGACACCAGAUUUCUUUUUGAAGGGCACCUUACUGUAGGACAGGAACCUCCACCUCCAGCAUGGCUUGUUGCUGAUAAUUUAGCACGGGAAUUGAGCAUACUAACUGAAUCCUCUGGGGAUCAAGAUGGGAACAACAAUAGGAGGGAGUCUAGAGCCGAGGAUAUUGCACCUGCUAUAAUGAACUUCUUAGAAACCAUAUCAGGAGACAGGGAUCUAGAAACUGCCUUGGAAGAAUCACUGCAGGGUAUCAUUGAGCAUCCACCCAGGGCACCCCCAGCUUCAAAGGAAGUUGUUGCCAAUUUACCUGUCCUAACAGUUACUGAAGAAGUCAUUGCCAGAUUGGGUAGUGAGACGGAGUGUGCUGUUUGCCGUGAAAACUUGGUUGUCGGCGACAAAAUGCAGGAGCUGCCGUGCAAGCAUCUUUUCCAUCCUCCGUGCCUGAAGCCAUGGCUGGACGAGAACAACUCGUGCCCGAUCUGCCGGCAUGAGCUGAGGACGGAUGACCAUGUGUACGAGAGCAGGAAGGAGCGCGAAAAGGAAGAGGAGGAAGACAGGAGGGGAGCGGCGAAUGCUGUUAGGGGUGGGGAAUUCAUGUAUAUCUGAACUCAGCAGUACCAGAGUGUACUCCAUUACUGAGCUUUCUGAAUUUGUGAUACCUCAUUGUCGUUGUACCUGAAGUUAAUAGCGCCUGUCGUUCUCCACAACAUUUUCAUGUUGGUGCCGGCUGGACAAUGCAGUUCGUGAUGGAUGUAUAUUACUUUCACUGCUUGUAAGGUGCCCCGGCAGAACGCUGUUUGAUCAGAACUCGCCACGCCUCGCCGGCACGGCUGCCGGGUCAGUGGCGAAGCUUAAGACAACGAUUGGCGGAGAGAUUGGUUUAUAC